AUGGAUACGAAUGCACGGCGGCGUACCACCGUCCACGACGUCGCCGCCCUACGCAUACACCGAGACGGCACUCGCGUCGCCAAUUCGGACACCAACCGCCGCUCACGUCGCGCAAAGUACACUGUCCGCGACGCACGCGGGAACUGGAUUGCCAAGGAUGCGGGAGGUCUCGGAACAGUCACAUCGCGCCCUGGCGCGUCCAAGGAGGACGAUGGGCAGGACGAGGACGCGUCCGAGGUGGAGGCGGAUGAGCUCCUGCAAGACGAGCUCCGUCCUUCCCAGAGGAAGGACAAAGGCAAGGGACGCGCGAUAGACGACGAGGGGGACAUUGCGGUGAACACGAGAGCUGGGAAACGCAGACGAUUUGAUGAGGACUUCAGUUUCCUGAACCCGGGAGCCGAGCCCGCACUGCUCCCCUCCCAGACCGGUGAGCCUUUGCAUCCACACCCGGAAGGGAGAGCCUUCAAGACCAUUCCUGUUCCAUCUUCGGAUCUCCUGAAGUGCUUGCACUACUUCGCGAGCGCAUACUAUACCGCAAUGGGACAACUCUACGAUGCCGGUCGGGAGUCCAGGAAAGAGCGGAAGAUGCGCCGCGCUCAAAGGCUCAAG